CCACCACCUAUCGCCCAGCCCUUGCCUCUUCAGCCGUUGCGGCUAUCGUCUCGCGCUUCUUCUUCCCGAUCUCUCAGCACUGAUAUCCUGCCACGAGCGCCUUCAUCUUGACCCUCUUCGCAUCGUACGCAAGCACGCCGCUACCGGAGGCACGUAUCUCAUUCCGUAUCCGUAGCAGCGCGGUUGAGACCCGGCAAUACCACCCACAAGAUGAUCAAGAUCUGGUCGCUGAAAAAGGACGAGGAGACGGCCAAGAAGCGAAAGCCAAAGACAAGCCCGGCGCAGCUGAGGGUACAGAAAGACCUUACGGAGCUGGAGCUGCCCAGCACGAUGAAGACGGAGUUUGCGAAUCCAGAUGACGUGCUCAACUUCACAUUGACGAUUGAGCCAGACGAAGGGAUGUACAAGACGGGCUCCUUCCACUUUACGUUUGCCAUCAACAACAACUACCCCCACGACCCGCCCAAGGUCAAGUGCACCCAGAAGAUCUACCAUCCCAACCUGGACCAUGACGGUAACGUCUGCCUCAACAUCCUGCGCGAGGACUGGAAACCGGUCCUCAACCUCAACUCUGUCAUGGUCGGCCUGCAAUACCUCUUUCUCGAGCCAAAUGCCGAUGACCCGCUGAACAAGGAGGCGGCCGAGGAUUUGCGAAGAGACAGGCCAGGGUUUGCGAGCAACGUCAGGCGAAGCUUGGGCGGAGGAAGCGUCAAGGGCGUUCAAUACGACAGGGUCACGAAAUAGAAGGCCCUACUUCAUCCCAAGCAUCGCACGAGACAUUCACGCAUAUAGACCUGACUUGAAUUUGCCCGCCCCACACUGACAAGCUCCUGGCCAUCUCUCCUGCACUGGCACCCGAAAGAGAGGCGCCACCUUUCCUGAACAUGCAACAGCACACAUUUGCCUGAUGGUAAAAUGUCAUUGACCCAAAGCCUAUCUACUCUGGCCUCUGAG